AUGACGUCGCAGCAGUCCAUGACGUCAGCCCAGCAGACUCCAGAGCCAAAGACACAACCUCAGUCCCAGACACAACCUCAGCCCCAGACACAACCUCAGCCACAGACACAACCUCAGACACAACCUCAGUCACAGACACAACCUCAGCCACAAUAUUCCCGACAACCUUCAAGACUCCGGCAACCUUAUCCCGCACAGCGCCGCCUACCGCCAGAAGUACAAACUCAACUACCACAAUACAAACAGACAGUGCAUCACGGCCAGAUACUCGAUAAACAAUCAGAUCUCCCCCAGACACCGUCUCCGCCUAAACAAUCACCACAGUCACAAUCAAGUCAGAGCCGCACCAAACCAACUCCCCCUCCUAAGCCACCAAAGCCACACAGAACCUGUCAGUCGGCGGGGAACAAGCCAGUGUCCCCACUGAAGUCUACGACAAGCAGCUCUUCAAACCCACUGACGAAGCCCAAUCUUACGACCUCACUCCCAGCUGCGGCGCCCCAGUCUCAGGGCAGCUCAGUCCAGCAGCAAAAGGGAGAGGACUCAGCGGGACUCAAGCCCACCACCAAUAAACCAAAGCAACGUAACAACCUCUACUCCAUUUUCAGAGAUCGCGACCACCGUCGGUGUCUCUCGGCCUCCUUGCAGCAAGAAUACCAGAAGGACUAUCAACAAGAAUUCCUCCCGGAUCAGAAGCAAGGAAGCUCUUCCACGACCAGCAGCUGUGCGUUAUUUGCCGGAGCCGAGGACGACUACGGGUUCAAGGUGGUGCCUCAUGUCGUGUGA